ACUGGUGCUGCAACCACCAUCUAUGCAAUUGAGGCAGAUGGUGACCCAAAUACCGGAUUUGAAAAGUCAAAAGAGCCAGGAGAAAUACAGUAUCUUAUUAAAUGGAAAGGCUGGUCACACAUUCAUAAUACUUGGGAAACUGAAGAAACUCUGAAGCAACAAAACGUUAAAGGAAUGAAGAAACUAGACAACUAUAAGAAAAAGUGUCAGGAAACAAAACGAUGGCUGAAAAAUGCUUCUCCAGAAGAUGUGGAAUACUAUAACUGCCAACAGGAGUUUACAGAUGAUCUACAUAAACAAUAUCAAGUGGUGGAAAGGAUAAUUGGUAUGUGACGAAUGUGUAGGCAGAAAACAGUCCUGAGACUAGUGUGUUCAUUGCUUGCAUGUUGCCUUUAUAGUUAAGAAAUCUAGGUUAUAAAAAUCCCUACAA